CGUUAUAUCAUAGCAAGCUAACUUUUGGUCAUAUAUCUCUCUCUCCAUCUAGCCAGAUACACAGAGAACAAUGAAGAUCACUAAAAUGGCAUCUUUUGCGGUUUUCUUUUGCACUUGUUUUAUCAUUACUACUGGUUUGUUAAAUGCAGAAAAGGUGUUCAAAGUUGGGGAUGAGUUAGGAUGGCAAGAACCUGGACAGAACAGCUCUGCCGUGUACACUCAGUGGGCUACAAGGAACAGAUUCCAAGUUGGAGAUUCUCUCUCGUUCGAGUAUAAGAAUGAUUCAGUCAUUGAAGUAGACAAGUGGGGUUACUAUCACUGUGACGGUAGCAAACCUAUCGUUGCCUUCAACAAUGGUCAUGGCGUGUUCAAGCUUGACAGGCCAGGGCCUUUCUACUACAUCAGUGGAACCCCAAAUCACUGCAUGGGUGGCCAGCGUUUGCUAAUUGAAGUGAUGGGUCUGCACCACCAUUCUCCUCUUACUGCAACUCCACCAGCUGGGCAGCUAGCACCAUCCCCACAACCAAGUUCAGGAGUAUUUGUCUCAGUGACACUUGGUUCAUUGUCAACGCUUCUUAUGGGCACAUUGAUUGCUUUGUUAUGGUGUUCACCAUAACCUAUUUAAUUUCCUUCUCAGCUAUUAUUAUUAUUAUCUAUAGGUUGGUUUUCUUGCUUUAAUAUAUGAUUUCAGCUGUUGUAGUCAUGUGUUUGAGCGUUUGUCUUUUGAUUCAUUCGUUGCAUAUUGGACAAUGUUGGAUUUAAUAUGCUAGGAGCUGUACUUUGAUUAUUUUCAAGACAUGCUAUUGUUAUUGAAUUUCACGCAUUUGAUUAGUU